GCCAUUCGUGCUUAUAAAGAUCGCAGUUCGGGCCUUGCCAUGCAUAUAUACACUUAAGCAACAGAUAUACAGGACACGAGUAUCAGGGAGGAAGACGAGGAAACGUUGAUGGCCGGCGGUGAAGAGCUGAAGCUGCUGGGGUGGUGGGCGCCCGGGGUGAGUCCCUACGUGCUGCGCGCCCAGAUGGCGCUCGCCGUAAAGGGGCUGAGCUACGACUACCUCCCCGAGGACCGCUGGUCCACGAGCGACCUCCUCAUCGCGUCCAACCCCGUGUACAAGAAGGUGCCCGUCCUCAUUCACAACGGCAGGCCCGUCUGCGAGUCGCUGCUCAUCCUGGAGUACCUCGACGACGCCGUCGGCCUUGCCGGCAACGGCAAGCCCAUCCUCCCCGCAGACCCCUACAGCCGCGCCGUCGCUCGCUUCUGGGCCGCCUAUGUGAACGACAAGCUGUUCCCUUCGUGCACCGGGAUCCUCAAGACUACGAAGCAGGAGGAGAGAGCCGGUAAGAUGGAGGAGACCCUGUCCGGGCUCAGACACUUAGAAGCUGUCAUGGCGGAGUGCUCCGAAGGGGAGGCGGAGGCGCCGUUCUUCGGUGGUGACGCCAUCGGGUUCCUCGACAUCGCGCUCGGGUGCUAUCUUCCCUGGUUUGAGGCAGCAGGCCGCCUGGCCGGCUUGGGGCCGAUCAUCGACCCGGCGAGGACGCCGAAACUAGCUGCGUGGGCGGAGCGGUUCAGCGUCGCCGAGCCGAUCAAGGCGCUGCUGCCUGGGGUCGACAAGCUGGAGGAGUACAUCACUACGGCGCUUUAUCCAAAGUGGAACAUCGCGGUCACCGGCAACUAAUUAAAGAUCUCGUCGUUCCACUAUGGCAAAAGAAAUAAAAAAUGGCGUCGUUCGAUUACCAGCGGAGGAUCUCUGCCUUGUGAGUAGCUGUUUUCACGUCAAGAGUUGAACUGUUACUACUAAGUCGGGUUUCUUUUUGCGAGGGUUAGUGGGUCGUGGUCAUGAAUAAUGCACAGGCGUGCACUCUCUUCGAUCUGAGUUGUGAUAUGUUGUUUCGUGAAUAAAUUGAAGCGUCGUCGAUCUUGCA